AAACGCAAAACUUCGCUGUCUUAUUAAAUCGCACUAUGCUGGACUAUUGGGUUUAGUUAUUAUUUUAGAAAAGCACAUAUAGCUUUUGUGACAUUCUUCCUCAGGAUUGCUUAUCGUGACCCAGAAGGACGAUUGAAGAUUCCCUUCUUCGGAUUUCAACGGCGACGGCGAGUAACGCUUUCUUUAGACACCUGGCAACUCCUCCUGAUUCUUCAGCUCACUUAAGAUCAAUACCAAAAUAUCAUCUCCCUGGAAUAUUUGGUCCUUUAUCUUCGGAAAUAGGUGCUUGGAGCUUUCGGCUCUUAUGGAUUGAAACUAACCGUUCGAUUUGUAGCGAUGGUUCUCGGUUUGGUUUCGGAGAGCUUUGGAGGAGAUUCCGAGACAUCAAUCAAAGUCAAUCAAAGCUUUUCACCAUACAAUCUACUUACGUGAUUUACUUCAACAAGGACGCUUGGAAGUUUCACAUGUCAGAUUCUGUAAAGUCGAAUCAAGUAAGUAAAAAUGGAAACUGUUAUGUCUCUUAUACGUUUUUCUUUGCUAUCGUAUCGUUUGACUACUGUCUUAAACCGCCAUGGAGCACCUCCUAUCAUCGAACACUCUCUACCUCAUCUUAAAUCUGUUGCAGCCCCUUUUUUGGAUUGUGUUUGUGGCAUUUUGAGAAGAAAUAGAAGAAUACCAUGGCAGGAGCUGAUUGUGAUCGAUAUCAAAGGCCGUGUUCUCGUCUGGCGUGACUACCACGGUGAUGUGUCCGUCGCGCAAGCCCAGCGCUUCUUCUCCAAGCUCUCAGGGCUUGGAAAUAUCUUAAGGCAGCAACAUGUUGCAAGUCUCUGGAUGCUGGGAGGUGUUUUAUUGGUUCAGCUUAUAUUUCCCAAGAAACAGAUUGCAGUGAGUACCCAGCCCCGUAAAGCAGAGAAAAUUCAUCACAUGCGUCGUCGCGUCGAUCGGUUCAAAGAACUUAUGAAUGCGUGAUCAUGUGGUUUAAACACGGAGUGGAAAUGUAAAAAUUGCUCAAGAAAUCAUGAAUUAAACACUUAUAUAUCAGCGCCGAGUUCUUUUUUCAAUAUAAACCAGUAAUCUUCUUCA